AUGACUCUCGUAAAAGUCCGGCCCGAUGCGAAAUUCCGCGGCAUCGUGUACUUGUUCAAAAUUGUCGGCCUCGCCUCGAUGGCCUACGACGCCGAGAACGUCGAGAGGCCCUUCGGCCCUUCGAGAAUCGGCCACUGCUACAACGUCCUGCUCAUGUGCGCCCUCUUGCUGCCCAAUUAUUACUCCCUCGCGAUGACCUACUCGAACGUCUACGAGAACCAAGCGAGGUCGGAAAUGACGGCGGACCUGAUCCAGACGGCGUUUCACCUGUUCAACGGCCUGUUCGUCGUCGGCUACUUCAGCCUCUUUCAGCGUCGGAGCGUCGAGUUGGCCAAUCGAUUGGUCGCCGCGCAUCGGAGCCGCCCGAACGACGACGACUCGAGCGGGAUGCGCGCGACUCUGCGACGGAUCUUGAUCUUCGAGCUCGUCUCGCUGAUUCUGCAGCUGGUCACGGUGCCCAAAGCCUUCAUCUUCAUCGUGUAUUUCGUUGGGGCGGUCAUCAACGGCCUCAUACUCAACCUGCUGCUGAUGCAGUACAGCUUGGUCGCGAGACUCCUGCAGCACGGCUACGGAUCCGUCAACUCGAGCGUGUGCAAGCUCGACCGAGACUUUGCCUCGCUCAUGCAGCAUUACCGACUUCUGCAGCAGCUCGCGCGGGACAUCUCGGACUUUUACUCGCCCGUCAUGCUAGUCGGCUUCGUCAACCUCUUUCUGAACCUGAUCCUUUACUCGUAUUACGUACUGCUACCGGUCCUCACCCUGGGCCGCGAAUUCAGCUGCAACAAUGUCCUGCUGGUGCUUUAUUGCCUAAAUUACACCAUCUUUUGCAUCGUUUCGUUGUUUAUACUGACUAGUUUCACCACUGCUGCCGUCAAGGAGAGUCAAAAAACGGGAGGCUUGUUGAGCCUCGUCGAUCGGCAAAGUCUGCCCAACGUCGCGAUGUUGAAACAGUUGAAGCAAUUUUCCAGUUACUUGCUUCACGCGCCGCCAAUGUCUUUUGGCGUAUUCGACUUGUUUGUCAUUGACCAAACUCUCGUCGUGUCUCUUGUAGCUUCCAUCACUACGUACCUGAUUAUACUUUUGCAAUCUAGAGGGCCAAAAGAUCAGGACUGCAAGUAGUAUAAAUCGACGUUGCAUCAGG